AUGGCGGCGCUCAGGGUGGCGGUGCCGGUGCUGGCGCUGCUGGGGCUGUGCCUGGGCCCCGCGGCCGCCGUCACUCCCCUGGUGAUCUGGCACGGCAUGGGAGACAGCUGCUGCAAUCCGAUGAGCAUGGGCUACAUCCAAAAACUGGUGGAGAAAAAAAUCCCGGGGAUUUACGUCCUGUCGCUCAAGAUUGGGAGCAACAUGAUCCAGGAUGUGGAGAACAGCUUCUUCAUGAAUGUCAACGAUCAGGUGAGGGAGGUGUGCAGCCAGCUGGCCACGGACCCUCACCUGCAGGGAGGCUACAACGCCAUGGGCUUCUCCCAGGGAGGCCAAUUCCUGAGGGCUGUGGCCCAGAGGUGCCCUGCUCCUCCCAUGCUCAACCUGAUCUCCAUCGGGGGACAGCACCAAGGGGUGUACGGCUUCCCACGCUGUCCUGGGGAGAGCUCCCACCUCUGUGAUUGGAUCCGAAAAACCCUGGAUCUGGGAGCCUACACAAAGGCUGUGCAGGAGCACUUGGUGCAAGCAGAGUAUUGGCACGACCCUCUGAAGGAGGAGGAGUACAGGAAAAACAGCAUCUUCCUGGCUGACAUCAAUCAGGAGAGGGGCAUCAAUGAGACCUACAAGAAAAACCUCAUGGCUCUGAAAAAGUUUGUGAUGGUGAAAUUCCUCAACGAUACCAUGGUGGAUCCUCCAAUCUCUGAGUGGUUUGGGUUUUACAAAAGUGGCCAAGCCAAGGAGACCAUCCCACUGCAGGAGACCUCACUGUACAAGGAGGAUCGCCUGGGGCUGCAGGAGAUGGACAAAGCAGGGAAGUUGGUGUUCCUGGGGGUGAAGGGGGAUCACCUGCACUUCUCAGAAGAGUGGUUUGACAGCAGCAUCCUCCCCUUCCUGCAGUGAAGCUGCUCUGGGAGCACUGGGCAGGGUUUGUCACUGUAACUAACACCAGCCACUGUGCAACAGCACUCGGUGCAUCCAAACCUGCAGGGAUUUGGGGAAGGGGAACAAGAAAGGGGGUUUAGUACAGCAGGGUUUGCCAGGAUGUAAUUCCACUCCCAUCUGGGCAGAGCUUUGCUCUGACUCUGACACACUCCAGCCUGCACAGGGCCUGGUGAAUCCACCUCAGUUCUCAGAGCUGUGGCUGAGCUGGGCCCUGGGUGAGGGCAAAGCUGUGGCAGAGGUUUGUUCUCCAUCCCCUGUUCCUGCAGGACACACUGGCAGUAUUAACCCAACUCACUAGUGCAGGGAUCAGCAAAACUCAUGGUUCAUGUUCCAGCCCAUCCUUCAAGAUGGGGGGGGAAAAGGCCAAAUUUAGGGGUUUCUGGGAAAAAAAAGAGGGUUUGGAAUUCAGCUUCAGUUUUAACAGCUUGAACAGUUUUCAACUAAUGGCUUGGUUUGUGCUCUUUUGUACAACUGCAAUCAAUAAAAAACUUUCCAUCUAACCAACUAAAA